UCCUGACUGUCGAUAGUUUGAUAUAUGUACCAGUGGGUCCGGCUUAUCUCCGAGUCGGAACAACACUUUCCGAGUCCACAAGUGGCAAACAUCCCAUUUAAGCCCACAUUUAACACUGCUUUGUCUUGAAUUCUUCAAUUCAUCAUUAAUCAACACACAAUGCAUAUUCUUGUCACCAACGAUGACGGGCCCCCAUGCCCCAAAUCAUCCCCAUUUGUGCACUCUCUCGUCAAAGCCUUCCAAUCCGCCGGCCACACCGUCUCCGUAAUUCUCCCCAGCGAGCAGCGAUCCUGGAUCGGAAAAGCUCACUUCAAGGACAAAACUCUCACUCCAACCAUCUACCGCCCAGAAAACAGCCAGGAUGAAUGGAUCCUCAUCGACUCCACCCCCGCCAGCUGCGCCCAAAUCGGUCUCCACCACUACUUCCAGGAAAAAGGACCGGUGGAUUUAGUCGUCUCGGGACCGAAUCUGGGACGAAACUCGACGGCGCUGUUUUCGCUUUCUUCUGGCACGAUCGGGGCUGCGAUGGAGGCGGCGUUAUGUCGGAAGCGGGCUAUUGCUGUGUCUUUUGCACAUGAUGAAUAUGGCGCUGGUGGACAUGAUUCUAAUGCGAUUGACGAGGCGUGUAGCCAUUCCGUUCGCUUGAUUCAGCAUUUGAAUGAUAUCUGGGCUAAAGAUGUGGAUGUUUAUACGGUCAACGUUCCAUUGAAGGUUGGUGUGAGCAAGCAGAGGAUCAAGUACACGCGAAUGUUACGGAAUCGGUGGAUAUCGGGGAGUGCGUUUGAUGUUGUUGAGCAAGAUGGAGAGAAGAAGUUUAAAUGGGCGCCUAGAUUGCAGGACCUUCGGAAGACGGCCAGCGAAAGUGGGCCGGGCAAUGAUGGAUGGGUUGUUGAUCAGGGAAUGACCAGUGUGACUCCACUGCAGGCGAAUUAUAUGUAUUUGGCACCUCCGCAGGACGAGGAUAUCAUCUUGCCUUGAUAAAUAGAAUAAUCUAUAACCAAUGUAAAU